CUUUUCGAGACGUCGGACGCGUCGUGUGCUUGCUCGCGGUCUAUCGAACAUUUUCCUUUGCGCGAGGAUUUUCGCCGCACGGGGACACAGCCCGCCAGCAUAAAUCUGACUGUGCAAUCGUGUGUCGUGUAGAGUGUAGCAUUAAAAAAACAACAACGGAACAAACCGCCGUCUAAAGUGCGUAAUGAAUUACAACGAAAAGUGUAGUGCAAAAGUGUGUUGUUAAGGCAAGAAAAUUCUAAACCUCCAUUACGGUGAGCCCCCGGCCCUCCCGCGCAUUGUGUGCAUAUUAGGGAAAGUGUGCAAAAAUAUUCUUGCUCCGUGUGAAUGUGAAUGAAUGUGCAUAUCCUCCCGCAAGGAAAAAAAAAGAGAGAGAGAAAAUAAAUCCUCCCGCUCGUAGUGCAGCAGGUUUGCGUGCGUGUGCAAUUAUGCUGAUUGAGGUGCAUAAAACGUGGAUCGUGCGCGGGGAGCAGAAGUAAAAAUAAUAGUUAAAAAAAGCCCAGCGCGCGCAUAUAAUAGUGAAAAGCCGUGCGAGGGGGAGGGAAGCGCCCGCCCGGUCGCUCGGGCCAGUGAGAAUCAUUCUCGCUGCACACUAGUGAGCUACACGAUCACACGAUCACGCUGUAACGAGAGCGAAAGAGAGAGAGAGAGAGAGCAAGAGUGUCCUGGGUAGCAUAGAGAGUGAGUGAGAGAGAGCGGGAGGGAAAGCGACAGGUGAAAUUUUGUCGCCCAAGUGCAGAGAGUGGUGCAUCCGCCGAGUCGCGUAAGUGCAUUUGGAGGGUUUGUGCUGUUGUUGUUGGGUUGGUUUGGUGUGCCUGCCGCGUCGGUCCCGACUCUGUGUGUGAGCUCCCAGAGGGCCUUGAUUUGAUGUGUUAGUGCGGGUGUGUGUGUAUGUGUAUUUCUCCAUUCUGGUUUCGGUGAACGACGAGUGUGUGCUUUUGCGUUGUUGCCCCUGUGCAGUGCAGGGCAGUCGGUCGGGAUCGGUGGAAAGUGGUGAAAAAAGAAACCAGAAGUUUGUAAUUGUUGGCGACAGCGAAUCGGCAUCCAACGGGUUGCUACAAUACACACACACAGCGCACAAGCGACAGAACGACAAACGAUAUUCAUUAGUGGACGAAGACGGUUGGCGCCCAGCUAGGCCGGUGACCCUUUUGUUCGCCGGUGAGUAUGAUAAUGAGCAACGAUGGAACUGCUGACCCUUAGCGGCACACAGAUUGCGUCGGACAAAAUCGCCUACUCCACCAACACACCGUGCUGAACUAAGCUACUGCCUCCUGCCCGCUACUAGACGCCGUUAGUUAGCUCCAGCACACACAGUUGGAGAAGAGCACACGAGGAAAGUCUGCCGCCUGCUGCCAUAGAAGCAUGAUGCAGCUCGUACCUUCGGCGCAGCAGCAAUUGGACGAACAGCAACAGCAACACCACAAAGGAGCGGGAUCUUCCGGAGGCGGCCUACUGCAACUGCAACCGCACCAGCCGGCAAGAGGAAACACUUACCACCGCCAGAGUCAUCAUCAUCAUCAUCAUCAUCAGAAGCAUCAUUAUUGUGCUGCCCGUCGUCAGUGUCGUGACUGUGUCGAUCAGCAGCAGAAGCAGCAGCAGCAGCAGUACGGCGCUGGCGGGUGCGAUCAAGUCAAAAGGCACCGCAAUUACGACGGCCGUACAAUCACCGACACCGCGCACUAUUAGGGCAGUAGUGGUGCCGCCAGAGGACGGCACACGCGGCGUGCAAGCAGCCAUUGUGCGCCACGUUACAGCCAACCAUUUGCUACGCCGUGCAUGGCGUGCUGUGCAAUGCAUCAACAGGCAAUGAGUGCACGGGACCGUCUCGCCGGACAGCACAUUCAUCACAGCCAGCAGUGUUUGGUAGGCUAAUUUUGACGCCCAAACGACUAAUACAAUCGAGCGCGUGUGAGGUGGAAGAUUGCCAAUCAUCAAACACAACAAAAAAAAGGAAGAAAGCCUUCCUUGACGAUACGAAUUGAAACGCGGUAACAACCUCCACAGGCAGAGGUUACAUUACCAGACUAGACGAUGGAUUUGUAUGAACGCAUCGAGCUGAACAGAAGGAAAGAAUUGCCACACCUGCAGCGAAGGCAGCGGCAGCGAAAUGAGAAGAGAAGAAAGCAAUCGAAUGCCGGCAGUAAUGAGACGUCGUGCAUUGCCGGAAGCGAUCGAGAACGGAGUAUCCUUAGACUCGCUGCGGGUGAAUAUCCACAUCCGCUGCGACCGUUAAACACCUGCGAUCCACUGAGAGGGACGGAAGAGCCGUCACAGCGGUGGAGUAACCACGACAGUUGCUUUGUAGGCAACGAUGCAGCGGAGGGCGGCCGUUCGGUCCGAAAUGUAAACUGUGCGCCCGCCAGCUCUUGGCGACCGCCCACCGAUUGGCGUGACAAUCAGUGUACACGCAGCCGGUGCCGCCGAAAAGCGAUGGCGUACCGGAGCCCACUCACCAUCCCCCAGUGGCGACAAGCCCUUAUCACCGGUGCCAUCUUCCUGCUAGCGGUUCUGCUUCCCGCAGCAAUCGCCGGUUCGCCCAAGUACGAAACGGCGUACGCAUGCGAAGGGAAAACGCUCAUGAUCGAGUGUGAACCGGGCGAUCUGAUCAAUCUAAUACGGGCGAACUACGGUCGCUUUUCGAUCACCAUCUGCAACGAUCACGGUAACGUGGACUGGAGCGUCAACUGUAUGUCGCCCAAGAGCCUGCGGGUGCUGCACUCGAAGUGUGCCCAGAAGCAGAACUGCUCCGUGCUAGCGUCGACCAGCAUGUUCGGCGAUCCGUGCCCGGGCACGCACAAAUAUCUCGAGGCACACUACCAGUGCGUGUCGGCGGCGCAGUCCUCCACCACCACGAACCGGCCGAGCCCGCCGUGGCUCAAGACGUCCCAGCCGAUCGUGUGGAGUACGUCCACCGUGCGCAGUCCGGUACUGAGCCGGCUCAAUCUAACCACCGAUUUAGGGGGUGGUGGUGGCGAAGUGGCCGUCGUGGCAGCCGUUACGCCAGCCCUGUCAACACCGGCCGUCACGUUACGCCCCGGGGCAGGCGGCGGGAACGUCGGUACCAAAACCAGUCAAUCACCGACCACCUUCCGGAACAAGGGGUUCGAGAACAAGAGCGUCAAUGACGAUCUGGCCAUCAUCAAGACGAUCACCGACCGGAAGAAGGGUGGCGAUCCGGUGGAGCCACUCGGGCCGAGGACUCCGUACGGUGGUGUGGAGGCCGGUACAGCCGGAACGUCCGGAGGCGGCGGCCUGCAGAAGGAGGAAGACGAUGACGAUGGUGCCGACCUGUUCCCGACCCAAACGGCAGUAUUAUCCGGUGCAGCAGCACCACCCGGCGUCCGGAAGCUGGACCCCGCCGGUACGCCGACGAGCGUCAAUGGCGGGGGCAGCGUGCAGAUUGACAUUAGCCACGCGUGCGGACCGAGCACCGCCCGCAACCUGUUCUGGAAUGUGACGCGCGUGGGCGAGGUGAACGUGCAGCCGUGUCCGGGCGGUGCGACCGGCAUCGCCAAGUGGCGGUGCGUGGCGGUCGCUUCGCUAACGCCCGAGCAGCGCGUCCAUCUGCAGCAGGAACACCAGCAGAUGCUGCAGAUCCAGGCCGCACAGCAGCAGUCGGCGGGAGGCGCGGGCGGCAUUAACGCACCGCCAGCGGACGAUAGUGGUAGCCAUGGUGAUAUUAGUUUUAGUAGCAACAGUGUUGCCCUUAGCGAUAAGCAAUCGAUGGUCGGUGCCGCUACCUGGUACGCCUACCGGCCGGACCUAACGCAGUGCCGCAGUCUGUGGCUGAACAAUCUCGAGGUGCGCGUGCAGCAGCCCGAUUCGUCGCUCAUCUCGAUCGCGAACGAUCUGGCGCAGGUGACGAGCAGCAAGACGCUGUACGGCGGCGACAUGCUCGUCGCGACCAAAAUCAUCCAGACGAUGUCGCAAAAGAUGCACUACGACAUCGAGACAAUACCGGACCAGCGGCAGCGGGAGGCACUCGUGUUCGAGCUGCUGAACAGUGUGGUCAAAACCGGGAGCAACCUGCUCGACCAGUCGCAGCACGCCAGCUGGCUGGAUCUGAGCGUGGAGGAUCAGAUGCGGGUCGCCACCUCGCUGCUGACCGGGCUGGAGGACAACGCGUUCCUGCUGGCCGACACGAUACUGCGCGAAAAGCACGUCGUGCAGAAGGUGAAGAACAUUCUGCUCUCGAUACGCGUGCUCGAGACGCGCAACUUUGGCAAGAGCACGGAGCUGUUUCCCGACUCGUCCACCGAGCGGUGGCAGGUCAGCAGCGAUCAGAUCGAGCUACCGAAGGCGGCCCUGAUCGAGAACAGCGAGGGCGGCCUGGUGCGUAUCGUGUUCGUGGCGUUCGAUCGGCUCGAGCAGAUAUUGCGCCCACAGUUCAGCAACAUUCAGCAACAGCAGCAUGGUUCCGGUGGCGCAGGGCCAUCGUCCGGACGGGUUGAGCCGAGCCAGCACCGGCACCUGGACACGGAUGGCAUCGCAUCGGCCAACGUUGCCGGGCUGGGCGCAAACGAUGGCACCUUUGGAUCGUCCGCCGGUGGCGGUGCGGGCACACGCAGCAGCGAUGCGGGCUCGCCGUCCGACGCGGGUGUCACGGUGGUGCCGCGUUUGCGAUUGCUCAACAGCAAGGUGAUUUCCGCCAGCCUCGGCAAGGGUCGGCACAUUCAACUUUCGCAACCGAUCCGCAUGGUUCUGCGGCAUCUGCGCACCAAAAACGUGUCCAACCCGACGUGCGUAUUCUGGAACUACAUUGACCAUGCGUGGUCGGAGGACGGCUGCCACGUGGAGUACACGAACAGCACGCACACGGUGUGCAUGUGCAACCAUUUGACGAACUUUGCGCUGCUCGUGGAUGCGGUGGACAACGAGACGCAGCUGUCGUUGCUGUCCCAUCUGGAUGACAGUUUGCUGCUCUACAUCGGCAUCGCCGUACUGGUCGCCGUAGUGGUGAUCGCUCUGUUCGCGCGCAAGCUCUGCUACAGCUCGGUGCUUGCCAAGCUGCGCAACGGUGGGCCCGAGGCGGGUGCUGCCGGUCUGCGCGGAGGGCCCAUCGAUCGGGAUCCUGCCGGGCUGUCCAUCUCCGCACAUCACGGCACGGUUGCGGGUCGACUGCAUCAUCACCAUCAUGGCGGUAGCAACAAUGCGGGCGUGGAUCUGCAUCAUCCGACCGUCGCGACGGCGGGCCACCACCAUCAUCACAUGGUGCAUCAUCAUCUGCCACCGCCGGGCACCGGCCACCAUCUGCUGGUUGCGGACGACUUCCACCAUCAGCAGCAGCAGUCGCAGCAGCCGCACCCGGCAAACAACAACCUGCACAAUCACCAUCCGAACAAUCUGGCCGGUGGUGGCAAUCAUCAUCACGUCAACAGCAACAACCUGGUAACGACCACCUUCAACAAUCUGAACGGCGGCGGUGGAAUCGGGGGCGGCAACUGUUCGCCCUCACCGCCGGGCAGCGGGUACGACCAUCACCAUCCCGGCCAUCAUCUCGCCCGGCUGAACAACAAUUGAUGGGGUCUACUCCGUGGAGAAGGGAAGUAACGAUAGCCACCAGCGGAACUAAAAUCUGCCUUGGACUACGCGAACGUCUCAUUUCUGCCCCCAAAACUGCACGCUGCGUUAGUAUUUUAAAGAACAAAAAACACACAAACACAAAUCAAUUCAAGCAUUCUCACAGAAAUACAAUGUAAAUAAAUCUAUUUACUAUGCCAAUGCGAGCGGCAGGACACAAGGUGCAUCCGCUCCUGUGCGCACAUACAGUGAAUAGGAAUUUAGAAAGCAGACGCGAUAGUAUGAUGUGUAUUAGGUGUAUGUGAUUGUGUGUGUGUGUCUCCGGCGACCACAAACAUAAUAGGAACAUAUUUAAAGCAAGUAAAAACAAUGCAAAACAUACUGCUGCAAAUAGGAAUCAUUUAAAGCAAAGAAAUGAGGGAGAAUGAAGUCAUUUGUGGAUUUCCAUCGAUGUCUCGCAUGCAAGGAAGCAAUACCAUUCUACUACUACUACUACAACUACUAUUACAUCUUCAAUACCUGUGAGGCAUGAUUGGUAGUGUUUCGUUACAUAGGAUAACAAGAAAAGAAAAACUAAACAGGGAAAAGGGAACGAGAAAAGUUUAUCGAAUGACCAGCAUCCAAGAGAGGAAGGAGUGCGUGAAACAACGUGGAAAAUCAGAGGUGAUAAAGGAGAGUGAUAGAAAUCAAUCAAUCAAUAUGUGUUGGUGGCUGAAUGUAUAAAACGGAAGAAGAAGAAGAAGAAAAAACAGUUCAUAUGAAACAAUGUUGUAUAGCUACACUAAUCGUAAGCGUUCGUAAAAUCGCGACGGUACCACAAGAAUCUAGUUUUUAUUUAACACAAACCACUAGGAAAGACGAAGGCGAAGGAGAAAGGGAAGGGUGUAAAAUGAUAAAAAUUGUUAGUUAGUGUACACUCACCACCAGCCGCAAGCGCGCUUUUGUUUUUCGGUACCACCCCUUCACCAAACACACCGCCGCUGGGUAGGAGAGAGGGAGCCAAACCAAGAAUGAACGAAUGGGAUGCAAGGGAUGUGCAAACCUUUCCACGUGUUCCAUUCGAUCGCGCAAACGUUACGCUCGCGCCAUCCCUAUUCGCGCACCCCGAUGACCCACGGGGCCGGACCGAAGACUCGGUGCGCAUUAAUUAUUGACUUUUAUUUAAUAGAAGCUAGCGAAAGAAGAGGGUGCACGGCACACAGGAUGAAAGGUGACAGGGCUAUCCCGUUUACUCACACGCCGUGUGAUUUGAUUGUAGACCCUGCGCGCUCGCGGAAAUCAUCAAAUAUGUAUACAAAGAUUUUCUCUCACAGACAAACACACACACCACGACAUUCAAGCGCAGUUUGAGCGCGUAUUGUUCGGCAGACGAGUAGAACAGGCUUUCCAAACGUUCUCAGCAGCAGCAGAGUAAGGAUGAAGGGUGAGAAUGUGGAAGAGGGGUAUCUCUAAAAUGCCCGCUUUUUUAUCAUUCCCACAGAGCGCGUACCAUGACGGGAAAGGGGUGUGUGUGUGAGAGAGAGCUAGAAAUGGAAGGAAAUUAGGAAGGAAGUAAUAAAACAAAACUGGUUAAAAAAUGAA